GUGCGCGAAAAAACAAAAUUCUUCUCAAUCUGCCUUUACUCAGUUCUUCGAUUUUUACUUCCUCCACUACUAUCCGUCAUCAAUCCUAGCAAUCACUGUGAUUUAUACAGAAGAAUCAGAUUCAAGUUGCAGAGAAACAUGGAUUUCGCAAACAUGGAUCGGCGGCAGCUGACAUUAGCCGGCGCCGGAUUCUCGGUGAUGCUAAGUCUGCACUAUAGUUUUCAGCUGGUAUCGCAGCAUCUGUUUUACUGGAAGAAUCCCAAGGAGCAGAGAGCCAUACUCAUAAUCCUACUCUUGCCGCCGGUUUACGCCGUUACCUCGUUUUUUGGAUUUAUCGAUCGGGCCGGCAGCAAACCUUUUUUUAUGCUAUUGGACUCUGUGAAAGAAUGCUACGGGGCUUUGGCAAUUGCGGCGUUUUUGGGUUUGAUGUAUAGCUAUUCGAAUCUCUCGAUGAGCAGAAAUGUUGUGCCUGAUGAGAUAAAGGGGAGGGAGAUUCACCUUUCGUUUCCGAUGAAUCUUUUCCUGCCUAGAAAGACUCAUUUGAAUCAGCAGACUUUGAGACUUGUGAAGAACUUGACAUGGCAGUUUGUGAUCAUUCGUCCUGUUUGUUCUGUCCUGAUGAUGGCAUUGCAAGUCAUUGGGAUGUAUCCCAGUUGGCUCAGUUGGGCAUUCACCAUUCUUCUCAAUUUAUCGAUUCUUUUGGCCGUCUAUGCCUUGCUCGUCUUCUACCAUGUCUUCGCCAAAGAAUUGAAACCGCAUGAGCCACUCUCAAAGUUUAUCUGCAUUAAAGGAAUUGUUUUCUUCAGUUUUUGGCAGGGAGUGUUACUUCACAUCCUGGUAGCGAUGGGCAUUCUCCAAUCUCAUCAUUUCUGGUUAGAGACGGAGCAUGUUGGAGAAGCAAUGCAGAAAGUUUUAGUCUGUGUUGAGAUGGUCUUCUUCGCAGUACUCCAUCAAUAUGCAUACCAUGCUGCACCUUACAGUGGAGACAUAGAAGCAAAAUUCAAGUUGCAGAAAAAGCGUGAAUGAUUCAGGAUAGAAGUUGCAUGUUUGUCGUGGCCACCGGUGAAGUGAAGCACUAGCCAUGUACCACUUUUUAUGACAUGAUCCUUAGCUAUAGAGUGCUGAGAUUGUCUUGCAGUUUUUGGAGGUUCAGAAACUGAUGUCUAUUUUGUACAGCUUUAUUAACUAUGAGCUUGUUUUACUGAAAUCAAAUAUGUUUCUGGUC